AUGAUAGUCUUCCUUUUCCUGGCUAUGGGGCUGUGCUCAGAAAAUGAAUCCACUUCCCAAACCAUUGACUGCACAUAUUUGAGAGACCAAUGCCUAAGUGAUGUGAAUGGAUGUAAACAUGCCUGGAGAAUAAUGGAAGAUGCCUGCAGUGUUUCAGAUCCAGGUGAUCCCUGCAGGAUGAAGAAUUCAUCAAGCUGUAUCCUGGGCAUCCAAUCCUUAGUGGAAACCAGUUUCCAAUUUAAAGAUUGUCUCUGUACUGAUGACUUCUAUUGCACUGUUAACAAAUUGCUUGGGAAAAAAUGCAUCAAUGAAUCAGAUAACAUGAAAGAGGGUAAUAAAUUCAAGUAGAAUCUAACCACUCUUUCCUAUCAUGGAAUGAAAGGGAUCCGGUCCUGUUUGGAAGUGGCAGAGAUGUGUGUAGGGGACGCGGUCUGUAAUGCACAGUUGGCCCUGUACCUUAAAGCUUGCUCAGCAAAUGGAAAUCUGUGUGAUGUGAAACACUGCCAAGCAGCCAUACGGUUCUUCUAUCAAAAUAUGCCUUUUAAUAUUGCCCAGAUGUUGGCUUUCUGUGACUGUGCUCCAUCUGAUAUACCUUGUCAGCAGUCCAAAGAAGCUCUUCACAGCAAGCCAUGUGCAGUGAACAUAGUUCCACCCCCUACUUGCCUCAAUGUAAUUCGCAGCUGCCGAAAUGAUGAAUUAUGCAGGAGGCGCUACAGGGCAUUUCAGUCAAAAUGCUGGCAGCCUGUGCCUAGAAAGUGCCAUGAAGAUGAGACUUGCAUCAGUACCUUGGGCAAGCAGGACCUCACUUGCUCAGGAAGCGAUGACUGCAAAGCAGCGUACAUGGGCACCCUGGGGACGGUGCUUCAAGUGCCGUGCACCUGUAGGACCAUUACACAAAGUGAAGAAUCUUUGUGCAAGAUUUUCCAGCAUAUGCUUCACAGAAGAUCAUGUUUCAAUUAUUCAGCUCUGUCUAAUGUCAAAGGCAUUGCAUUGCAAAAAAGAAAACAAACAAAGGAAAUAACUCUAAAUGCAUUUCAUUCCCCCUUCAACGGAGAAGUGAUUUAUGCCGUCAUGUGCAUGACAGUCACCUGUGGAAUCCUUCUCGCGGUUCUGUUCAAGCUGAGAACCUUCAGAAUAUCAACUCAAACCAGAGAUCCAUCACCAAGCCAAAUACCUGGAGGACUCAUGGUUCAUUAA